AUGGAAGGGCCACAGGGAGUCAAGACCAAAGCGUACGUGGUGAGCAAGCCGGAAGAGCCCUUUGUCCUCCAGGAUGUCGUCCUCGACGGCGUGGGCCCCCACGAGUUACUCGUGGAGAUACAAUACACCGGCCUGUGCCAUACGGAUAUCGUCGCUCAGCACGGGCUGAUGCCCAUAGGGGGCUUCCCAGCAGUCCUCGGCCACGAAGGCGUCGGCAUCGUGCGACAUGUCGGCUCGGGCGUCGGGAACAAGGACAUCAAGCCCGGUGACACAGUCCUCCUGUCUUUCCGAGCCUGUCAGACCUGCCGGAAAUGCAAGGCCGGCCAGCACGGAGGCUGCCUCGGGCUGACCAGGAUGAACUUCACCGAGACGGCGCGCCCCGGCGCCAAGGACUCGCCCAUCUCGCUGCCCGACGGCACGCAGGUCUUUGGCCAGUUCUUCGGGCAGUCGUCGCUCAGCAAGAUGGCCGUCGUGGCCGAGCACUCGGCCGUCAAGAUCGACGCGCGGCCCGAGGAGCUCGGCUUCCUGGCCCCGUUGGCGUGCGGCUACCUCACGGGCGCCGGCACGGUCAUGAACGCCAUGCAGCCGCGCAAGGGGGACACCAUGGCCGUCCUGGGCAUGGGAGCCGUGGGCAUGGCGGCCAUGUUCGCGGCGAGGGCCCUGGGCGUGGAGACCAUCAUCGCCGUGGACAUCUUUGACGAGAAGCUUCAAAAGGCGUCGGCGCUGGGCGCGUCGCACACAAUCAACAGCAAGACGCAGCCGGAUCUCGUGAAGGGGAUAAAGGCCAUCUGCCCGGACGGCGUGGACUACAUACUUGACGCGACCGGCGUCGCUGCUCUGCUCAGCGCCUCAGUCGAGGCGCUGGCUCAUGGUGGCCUGCUGACGCUCGUCGGGGUCCCGCCUCCGAAUGCAACCGUCCAGUUCAACGCGAUGGACGUCCUCACUUCAUGCAAGCGGAUUAUGGGAGUUAUCGAGGGCUUCGCGGACUCCCAAAAGAUCAUCCCUGAACUUGUAGAGCUCUUCCAUGCCGGCAAGUUCCCUGUAGAUCAGCUUGCAACUGUCUAUGAAGCACAGAAGCUGCCAGAAGCCAUACAAGAUCUCAAGGCAGGCACAGUCAUUAAGCCAAUCCUUUCAUGGAAGGACAUCUAA